AUGUCCAUUGUCCCGCACACCAUUCUGCGCCCGUUCGGCGUGAACCCGUGCGGCGGCGGCGGCGGCUAUCUGAGGCGGCACGCACGGACGUGCCUCCGCCGUGCGAGCCCCGUCGGUGCAACGAACGGGAAUGAGCCGGGCGGUAGCAAGAAGAGGAGUAGGAAGAGGCCGGCGGAGGAGUCGCGGUUGGAGGUCCUUUAUGAUGACGGGUUCGGGAGCGUCACCAUGAAGGAUUACCGGGAGGCGGUGAGGGCCAUGCCCAGGGACGACGGCGGGCCGCCGCGGUGGUUCUGCCCCGUGGAGUGCGGCCGGCCGGAGGUCGACAGGGCGCCGCUGCUGCUCUUCUUGCCAGGAGUCGAUGGUGUUGGAAUGGAGCUCAUUCUGCACCACAAAUCACUGGGCAAAGUAUUUGAGGUUUGCUGCUUUCAUAUACCAGUAAAUGACCGCACACCAUUUGAAGGUUUAUUACAAAUUGUGGAAGAAUAUGUCAAACAUGAGAAUGCUUUGUCGCCAAGCAGACCAAUAUAUAUAAUUGGGGAUUCUUUUGGUGGAUGUCUUGCAAUUUCAGUGGCAGCUCGCAAUCCAGAAAUCGACUUGGUUCUUACACUAGUAAAUCCAGCAACAUCAUCUGCAAAAGCUUCGUUGCAGGCAGUAUUGCCUCUUUUGGAAGCAGUGGCGAGCAACCUUCCAUUUAUACAUCCUCACCUUCUCAAAUAUUCAAUGGAAGCAUGCAAGGGGGCGCACGCAGCAAGCAUUUCAUGA